AUGUUACAAUCUACAAUUCCAAACUGGGUUCAAGCUUCUUCAAAAAUUGACUCUAAUUCUGAAAAUAGCCAAAAAUUUCACAAGUCAAUUUUUGAAAUGAUGAUUCUUGACCUCCAACCAUGGUCUAUUGUCAAUGAUGCUGGAUUUUUGAGGCACCAUGCUCUUAUUGCUCCAAAUUACGAAAUUGCUAGCGAAAAAUACUACAGAAGUUUACUGGAUCCGACUUACGAAAAAAUUAAAGUUGCUCUCAAGGAAAAGCUGGUUCAAUCAGAAGCUGAAAAUGUGUCUGACUGCCUUGAUGCAUGGUCAUCAUUUCAUCAUGGCUAUCUGGGAAUGACUGUUCACUUUAUUUCCAAAGACUGGAACCGUGUCAAAUUCUGCAUCUCUUGUUCUCCAUUUGAUGAAAGUCAUACUGCAAAAAAUAUUUUCAAAGAGAUCAAAGCAGCAGCAGAGGAAUGGGAAAUUUCUUCAAAAAUUGGAGUUUGCUUAAGAGACAACGCAGCAAAUGUAAAAGCAGCCUUCAAUGAGCCAAGCUAUCCUACCAUCAACGAACUGAUUGAAAAGAGUCGAAAACUUUGUUCUUACACAUCCCAUUCUAUUGGUUUCUACACUGAACUUUACAGACAGCAAGAAAUCCAAAUGGAUAGAAAAGACAGACUUGGCUUAAAAAACGAUGUUGCCACAAGAUGGAACUCUACCUAUUACAUGCUUGAGCGAAUUUUACACCUGAAACCAGCCAUUGCUGCAACCUUACUCAAAUUUCCUUCUGUGGGAAUUGAAUUUUCCGUCCAAGAUUGGAGCCUCUAUGAAAAAGUGGUGAGGAUUUUAAGUGUUUUUGAGGAGGCAACAAAAAUGUUGUCAGGUAGUGAUUCUUGUAUCAGUUCCUGCAUUCCAAUUGUGACAACAAUAAUUAAAGCUUUGGAAACAACCUCCGACGACGUCAGUGUUCAGAAAUUGAAAAUAGCUAUGAAAAAUGCAAUGGAAAAACGUUUUUCAGCAAUUGAAAAAACAGAACAUUAUUCAGUUGCUACUUUACUUAAUCCAAAAUACAAAUGGUAUUUUUUCCGAUCUCAAGCUGCUUUGCAAAAUGCCAAACACAUUGUCAUGUCCCAAAUGGAGAAUUUUGAACCUCUUGAAGAUAAAUUGGCUCCUGUUACUCAAAUUCCAUCUGGUGACAAUGAAAAAAACACGGCAUUCUCGCACAUAAUGUCAAAAAUUAUUGUACAGUCUCAAACAGGACCAAAUGAGCAUUCAUCUUCCAAAAUGACGAGGGAAGUGUUGAAGGAUUUUUUGGAUUGUCCAAUGGCUUCUCAUUGCCUAGAAUUUUGGAAAAACUAUGAAAAAAAUGCGACUAGCAAAAUCAAGUUAGCAUUGACUAAGGUGGCAAAAAAGUACCUCACACCACCCCCAACAUCCACAGAUGUUUAA